AGUAAAAGACAACUGUGUGCAGGUGUCAACUGGUGUCAACUGUAAACUUAACCGUUCGUAAACGCCCUGCGCCCAACGCACUCUACGUAAACAAAAUUAUGAGAAUAAACUAAAGUACACAUUUUAAUUUUCUGUUUGUUUGUGUCAUUAUAUAAUUAACUGUAUAGAAUGUCUGUGAGUGCCAGUGCCGAGAAUUUAUCUACAGAUACCCAGAGUUGCGAUGGAGGUUCAAUGUGUCUGGAGUUGGCACUGGAAGGGGAGAGACUUUGCAAGGCGGGAGACUGCCGCGCAGGCGUCGCUUUCUUCCAGGCUGCCAUCCGAGCGGGCACGGACGACCUGCGUACCCUAAGCGCUAUAUACAGCCAACUCGGCAAUGCCUAUUUUUACUUAGGCGAUUAUAACAAAGCGAUGCAGUUUCACAAACACGAUCUUACUUUAGCUAGAACGAUAAAUGACAAACUAGGUGAAGCGAAAGCGUCAGGUAAUUUAGGCAAUACUUUGAAAGUUAUGGGAAAAUUUCCUGAGGCGAUACAAUGUUGUAAGCGUCAUUUAGAAAUAUCCCGGUCUUUGGGUGACAAGCUUAGUGAGGGGCGGGCUCUUUAUAAUUUGGGUAACGUGUACCACGCUCAAGGUAAACAUCUUGGCCGCGUCGGACAGAAUGAUCCAGGACACUUCCCGCAGGAGGUACGGGAAUGCCUCAUGCAAGCAGUCACAUACUACGAAGAAAAUCUCGAUCUAAUGCGUAGUUUAGGAGAUAGACAAGCGAUGGGUCGCGCUUGCGGAAAUCUCGGCAACACGUGUUAUUUACUGGGCGAUUUCACUCGCGCCAUCCGAUACCACACAGAGAGGCUAACUAUAGCGAGAGAAGUCGGCGACAAGGCGGCUGAGCGCCGGGCUAACAGCAACCUGGGCAAUUCACACAUAUUCCUGGGACAAUUCGAGAAUGCAGCGGAGCAUUAUAAGCGUACCUUGGCUUUGGCCGAGGAGCUCGGUGAUGCUGCUGUGGAGGCACAGGCUUGUUACUCAUUGGGCAAUACUUACACAUUGCUACGCGAGUACCGAAUAGCAGAAGGUUACCAUGCUCGCCAUCUUGCCGCUGCUAGAAAACUACAAGACAGAGUGGGCGAAGGCAGGGCUUGUUGGUCCUUGGGCAAUGCCCACGCCGCACUUGGGAAUCACGAAAAAGCUUUGUAUUACGCUAAGGAACAUUAUAAUAUAUCCAAAGAGUUGGGUGAUAUUCUGGGAAUGGCCACCGCACAGAUGAACGUUGGUGAUCUGAAGAAGGUGCUGGGCAUGCCCGAAGAGAGCCCGGAGACGGAGAAGGGGGGCGAAGUGGCUGCAGCCGCAGGAGCUGUUGCUACCGCUGCGCCGGCUCCUGCUACGCCGAAGGAGUCACAAGGCAAGAUGGGCAUCUUCAACGCUCUGCGCGUGCGACGUCAGAGCAUGGAGCAACUGGCAUUGAUCCAGCUGACUCCUGAUACAAAGAAAAAUGAUGAAGAAAAAGGGGAUGAGGGGUCCAGGAAGUCUAAGGUAGCGCAGGCAGGUUCUGAGGAUAAUCCUUCGGAGUCGUUCUUCGAGAUGGUGAGCCGGUGCCAGUCGCAGCGCAUGGACGGGCAGCGAGCUGCGCUGAACCAGAGGGUCAAGAAGUUAAUGCGGUCGGCCAGCAGCGGUGACAAGAACUUAAGCCCCGACGAGGAGUUGUUCGCGUUGAUAACGGACAUGCAGUCGGAGAGAAUGGACUCCCAGCGUGCGGAGCUUCGCCCCUUGCCGAAGACCCCGCCCAAGGAGAACAAGGGCGCCUCGCUGCCGGGCCUGCGCCCCCAGCAGACCACCAGCACGAAGCCCGAGGACGAUUUCCUCGAAAUGAUCGCUCGCUUCCAGGGCUCUCGUCUCGAGGACCAGAGAACUGAGCUGCCGCGCCGCCAGCCGGACCCAGAGCCGGAGCAGCAAGCCGCGGCCGAGCCGAAGCCCGAGGUAAAGCCAGAGGCAAAGCCCGAGGCCGUUCCGGAGGCAACGGCCGACGCGAAGUCCGAAAAAGCCAAGACUGUCCCUGAUGAGGACUUUUUCUCCUUGAUCAUACGCGCACAAUCUGGUCGUAUGGAGGACCAGCGUGCUUCGAUACCGGUGAACAACCGUACCAAGGGCGAUUCCGGUUCGAAGAAGUAAACAGUAAUGUUUACUACCCGCAGAGCCUUGCUACAAGCUUCAUAGAGUUAGAUAAACCAAGUAGGGUUCUUGCACAAGCCAGGCUCAAUGCGGGAACAUCCUGUAGUACCCCGCUUUAAUGCUAUCCUUGGAUAUAAAAUUAUCAACAUCUGAUGCCAAAAAUGGAAAUGUUUAUUUCGCAAUACAUAAGCGAACGAAAUAAGAACUAAUCGUUCGAUAAACAUCAAGUUGUAGCGAAGUAAUAUAAAAAAUUACUCAAUGUAACUGUAAGUUUUCACUGACUAACAUCUGUAUAAAAC